AUGGCAAUGAAGUUGAUUUGUGGUUGUCUUCUGGCACUUGCCCUGCUUGGCUGUCUGACUGAUGCUCAAUAUUUCCAGAAGCCCCAGCAGCCCCAGAAGCCCCAGCCACCUCAGCAGCCCCAGAAGCCUCAGCCUCGGCCUCAGCCUAUUCCUCUGCCGGCCCAGAAGCCCCAACAGCCUGUUCCUCAGCCGUAUCCUCUGCCGGCCCAGAAGCCCCAACAGCCUGUUCCUCAGCCGUAUCCUGUGCCGGCCCAGAAGCCCCAACAGCCUAUAGUGCCUUCAGAAACAUUUCACACUUGUGAAGUAGAAGAGCAUUACAAGAUUCAGUGUGGCUCUCACAACAUCGGUGCUUCAGAAUGUGAGGCUAUAAAUUGCUGCUUUGAUGGACGCAUGUGCUACUAUGGCAAAUCUGUGACUCUUCAGUGUACCAAGGACGCCCAGUUCAUUGUGGUGGUGGCCAGAGAUGCCACUCUACCUAACAUUGACUUGGAGUCAGUUACUUUCCUUGGAAAUGAUCAAAACUGCAACCCUGUUGGCACCACUUCAGCUUUUGCCAUCUACCAAUUCCCUGUCACCGCCUGCGGCACUGUCAUGACGGAGGAGCCUGGUGUUGUAAUCUACGAGAACAGGAUGUCCUCCUUAUAUGAAGUUGCAAUUGGACCAUAUGGCGCCAUUACCAGGGAUAGCCACUUUGAACUUCUUUGCCAGUGUAGAUAUACUGGCACCUCAGUUGAGGCUGUGGUCGUUGAGGUUGGCCUGGUUCCUCCACCACCCCCAGUUGCAGCUCCUGGACCCCUUCGUGUGGAGCUCAGGCUGGCCAAUGGACAGUGUCAUGCCAAGGGUUGUGUCGAAGAGGAGGUGGCCUACAGCUCCUUUUACCUGGAUUCUGAUUACCCUGUCAUAAAGGUGCUCAGGGAUCCUGUGUACGUUGAGGUCCGAAUCCUGGAGAGGACUGAUCCCAACCUUGUCUUGACUCUUGGAAGAUGCUGGGCAACUGCUGACCCCUACCCCCACAGUCUUCCUCAGUGGGACUUGCUGAUUGAUGGCUGCCCCUACCGAGAUGAUCGCUACUUGACAUCCCUGGUUCCUGUGGGUGCCUCAUCAGGACUCAUGUACCCAACCCACCACAGGCGUUUCAUUUUCAAGAUGUUCACUUUUGUAGCUACUGGACCUGCCAAUCCCGGCAAGGGAGGAGCUACCUAUCCUGGCAAGGGAGGAGCUUCCUAUCCCGGCAAGGGAGGAGCUGCAGAUCCAGAGGCCAUGACUCCUCUCAAGGAAAAGAUAUAUAUCCACUGCGACGCAGCUGUGUGCCAGCCCUCUCUUGGAAAUACUUGCGAACCUAGGUGCUUCAGAAAGAGGAGAGAUAUUGCUGCUUCUGCCAAGGGAGGCAACAGAGCCGAGACCACUCUGGUUAGCAGUCAGGAGCUUGUCAUCGUUGGCCCAGACACGGAAAUUCAGUAACAUCAUCCAGACAGAACGUUUUCAUCAUGAAAUCUCUGUUCCCAAAGCAUACUGAACAGUGACUGACUUUGAA